GCUCCCACAGCACCAUCGGCGGCCGGCAUGACGCGGAGCAAGUUGGGGCCCUUCUGUUGAGGACUUUGACUGACGGUGGUGGGCGGGCAAAGUACCUUGUAUUUAUUUGGACGCCUUUACCGGAAGUAUAUAUUGGCGGCCUCUUCUGUUUUGUGUGUCCGGAGCGGAGGCGCUCGGAGCGGGCAAGGCGAGUGAGGGCGGCGGUGGCGGUGGUGGUGGUGGUACCGCUGCUAAACAUGAACAAGAACCACCGUGUGCCGAGUAAUCGUUCUCUGAGUGCCGUGGAGGUCAAAAGCAAGUUCGGGGCGGAGUUUCGUCGCUUCUCUCUGGACCGCUCCAAGCCGGGCCGCUUUGAUGAGUUCUACGGCCUGCUGCAGCACGUGCACCGCAUUCCCAACGUGGACCUGCUGGUGGGCUACGCCGACGUGCACGGCGACCUGCUGCCCAUCAACAAUGACGACAACUACCACAAGGCCAUCUCCACCGCCAGCCCGCUCCUCAGACUCUUCCUGCAGAGGAAAGAGGAAGCAGAUUUCUUCGGGAGCGACUCGCUGACCAGGAAGAAAAACACGGGGCUUUCGGCUGUUCUCCUCCGGCCCGACGCCAACAGGAAGAAGCCGCCGGUGAUCAUCAGCCUUCCGAAGGACUUCCGCCCCGUGUCCUCCAUCAUCGACGUGGACAUCCUGCCCGAGACGCACCGCCGGGUGCGCCUGUACAAGCACGGCCAGGAGAAGCCUCUGGGUUUCUACAUCCGCGACGGGUCCAGUGUGCGGGUCACGCCGCAGGGCUUGGAGAAGGUCCCCGGCAUUUUCAUCUCCCGGAUGGUGCCCGGCGGCCUGGCGGAGAGCACGGGGCUGCUGGCCGUCAACGACGAGGUCCUGGAGGUGAACGGCAUCGAGGUGGCCGGGAAGUCUCUGGACCAAGUGACGGACAUGAUGAUCGCCAACAGCCACAACCUCAUCAUCACCGUCAAGCCAGCCAACCAGCGGAACAACAUCGUCCGAGGGAGCGGCGGCGGCGGCGGCGGCGGCGGCGGGGCGUCCGGUAGCUCCGGACGCUCUUCAGACAGCGGGGCCAGCUACUACGGCUACUCCUCAUCCGCCGGCCUCGCCGCCGCCUCUUUGGCGCCCUCACACAUUAUCCAGAACUUCCCUGUCGGCGAGAUGGACAGCGACGAGGACGACGAGGACCUGGUGAUCGAGGCGGAGCCCGACUUCGGCAUUCCGCCGCCUCCCCGUUACGAGCCGCACCUCAACCUGCGAGCGGCCGCCUCGCCACCCCCGCUUUCGGUCAACGGCGGCGUGACGAGCAGCGCCAGCAGCGGCUCGCUGAGCAGGGCCAAGUCCUCCACGCCGUCGCCCGACAUAGCCGUGAGUAGGCGGAGUCUUGAGGAGGACGGCACCGUCAUAACACUGUAGAUCUGCGCGCUAAGCCGGCAGCCAAUGACGGUGAAGCAUACUGAAAUGUAAAUAUUUCUACGUCCUAACAUUUACACCUAAAACACCUCCAUGCCCACGCGUGUGUGUGGACGCCACUCUGGCGCCACAAAUACUGCGGGCACAAUACACACACACACACACACACACACACACACACACACACACACACACACACACACACACACACACACACACACACACACACACACACACACACAUACUGGUUAUCAUUUGGAAUGGGGACCAAGUUUUUGAUCAUCACUUGUGGGGACCACCCUUUCUACAGGUUGUGGAGGCAUAAAAAAAAUUAUGUAAAAUGGCCACUGCCCAGUUAGCUCAUACACGUCUUUAAAUCUCUGGAUUGAUAAAGUAAUGUGCUGAUCAUUCUUACUGGGGAAAAAGACUUCAUAUGGUUCAUGGGGACCAAAUUUAAAUCAUUUUGCAUAAUUCACACAAAUGUGUACGUGACUACUGAGGACCAUUUAUUAAAAAAUUUUUAAAAAAUAAAAAAGUUCUAAUUAAAUAUGACAUGAUCCUCAGAAUACAGCACUACAGCGAGUGCAGUACCAGCUACAGCCCGAUGAGGGGGCUGCUGUGCAAAUGUCUCACACUCAAACUAACCCAGGGGUCGGCAACCCAAAAUGUUGAAAGAGCCAUAUUGGACCAAAAAUAGAAAAACAAAUCUGUCUGGAGCCUCAAAAAAUUAAAAGCCAUAUUACAUAUAGUGUGUCAUGAGAUAUAAAUUGAAUUAAGAGGACUUAAAGGAAACUAAAUGACCUCAAAUAUACCUACAAAUGAGGCAUAAUGAUGCAAUAUGUACAUAUAGCUAGCCUAAAUAGCAUGUUAGCAUCGAUUAGCUUGCAGUCAUGCAGUGACCAAAUAUGUCUGAUUAGCACUCCGCACAAGUCAAUAACGUCAACAAAACUCACCUUUGUGCAUUCGUGCACAACGUUAAAAGUUUGGUGGACAAAAUGAGACAGAAAAAGAAGUGGCAUAGAACACGUCCUAGAAAGUCGGAUAAAGUUAUACAUGUAAACAAACUACGGUGAGUUCAAGGACCGCCAAAAUUAGUAGGACAAAACGGUGCUCGCCAAAUACUCGAAUCAGUGAAGCAUGUUUAAUAUAAACAGUGUGCUUUAUAACAAUUAGGGAGGUUUGCGUCAUGUUUGUCCUCCUACAGAAACCAUAUUGAAACAAUUUUUUAUUUUUUUUCCCACCAUCUUUUUCCAUUUUUCAUAUAUUUUUGAAAAAGCUCCAGAGAGCCACUAGGGUGGCGCUAAAGAGGUUGCCGACCCCCGAACUAACCAGUAAACAUGUUUUAUGGGCCAAAGCCCACUUAGGCAUCUUCAGAAUGGAUCUGACUAUCAUUUAAAAAGGUUUCCCUUUAGGGGACCUGUUUUUUUGCCUCCAUACCGUCAAAAGUCCCCUAAAGGUGACUGUGUAAACAGAGCGAUGUCCCCAUUAAGUUAGCAUUGCCAGAACACACACACACACACACACUUACACACACUUCUGUAUCUACCUGAGCUUCCUCCAGGGGGCAGAAGUGAGCGCCUUGAUGAAGUCCAACACACAAACGACUUUUUUAGCACGACAAUCGUCCACAAGACGUUGAGCAAGCACUACAACCUGCAAUAAUAACAAUAUUAUUAUAAUAAUGUUUUUUUUGUUUCAAGAGCAAACUUCUGGGCCUCUCAGAUGCUUAAAAAAAUAUAUAUAUAUAUAUAUAUAUAUGAACAAUUGACUGAUCAAUCAUAUUUUUGAUACGCAUAUCGAAGGUCCAUAUCGUAUUGGGUUCAAGCAGCUCGUCUGUUCCAGGGUCAAACUGUGGCCGUCGCCACAGGCAAUAUUUGAACAUUUUUCCACUGUCAUUCAAGUGUAAAAAGAAGCUAACUUGACGUAUCUUUUGAUAACCUCGCAUAAAGACAAACAUUCCCUUUUUAUCGUAUUGAUUUCUAACUGGACGGAGACACUUGGCCCCCGACGACCGACUAGUGUGGCGAAUUAGCAUAAAAGACCGAGCGAACUGCGGAAUAUCUGUACUAUACACAAAAGACGACUUUUUUGGGGAAACUAUAUUUUUAAAAACUAAAUAUGACAAAAAACAAUGUUCUUUUUGCGCCACCUGUAUUAAUCGUUAGACUCAAAUAUAAGACAAGUCUCAUUUUUAGCUUUUAUCCAGGGAGAAAUACAUUUCUUAUAUUGAGGUCAAUUUAUGGUUGACUUUGGCAAAUUGUACUGAGCAGCCAGACACGCUGCUUUUCUUAUGUCUAUGGUUAUAUUCACACUUUUCCCUCAUUGCCAUGACUGGUGUCCUUCUGUGUAGAUGUUUUGUUGCUACUCUACCACUAUGUUGAGUAAGUUCUAUGGUUAUCACACUUUUUUCUCUUUGCCAUUACUGGUACCUUCAAUGUUUUGUUACUACUGUCUAUGGUUAGUAAGUUCUAUGGUUAUUGUCACACUUUUCCUCUUUGCCAUGACUGCUACCCUUCUGUGUUUUUUUGUUGCUACUCUACCACUAUGUUUAGUAAGUUCUAUGGUUAUCAUCACGCUUUUCCUCUUUGCCAUGACUGCUACCCUUCAAUGUUUUUUUACUACCCUGUGUCAAUGGUUAUCGUCACACUUUUCCUCUUUGCCAUUACUGCUACCCUUCUGUGUUGUUUUGUUGCUACUCUACCACUAUGUUUAGUAAGUUCUAUGGUUAUCGUCACACUUUUCCUCUUUGCCAUGACUGCUACCCUUCAAUGUAUUUUCACUACCCUAUGUCUAUGGUUAUCGUCACACUUUUCCUCUUUGCCAUGACUGCUACUCUUCUGUGUUGUUUUGUUGCUACUCUACCACUAUGUUCAGUGAGUUCUAUGGUUAUCGUCACACUUUUCCUCUUUGCCAUGACUGGUACACUUCAAUAUUUUGUUUCUACCCUGUGUCUAUGGUUAUCGUCACACUUUUCCUCUUUGCCUUGACUGGUACCCUUCAAUUUUUUUUUACUACCCUAAGUCUAUGGUUAUCGUCACACUUUUCCUCUUUGCCAUGACUGCUACCCUUCAAUGUUUUGUUACUACCAUAUGUCUAUGGUUAUCGUCACACUUUUCCUCUUUGCCAUGACUGAUGUCCUUCUGUGUUGUUUUGUUGCUACUCUACCACUAUGUUUAGUAAGUUCUAUGGUUAUCGUCACACUUUUCCUCUUGCCAUGACUGCUACCCUUCAAUGUUUUUUUACUACCCUGUGUCUAUGGUUAUCGUCACACUUUUCCUCUUUGCCAUGACUGCUACCCUUCUGUGUUGUUUUGUUGCUACUUUACCACUAUGUUGAGUAAGUUCUAUGGUUAUCGUCACACCUUUCCUCUUUGCCAUGACUGGUACCCUUCAAUGUAUUUUUACUACCCUGUGUCUAUGGUUAUCGUCACACUUUUCCUCUUUGCCAUGACUGCUACCCUUCUGUGUUGUUUUGUUGCUACUUUACCACUAUGUUGAGUAAGUUCUAUGGUUAUCGUCACACCUUUCCUCUUUGCCAUGACUGGUACCCUUCAAUGUAUUUUUACUACCCUGUGUCUAUGGUUAUCGUCACACUUUUCCACUUUGCCAUGACUGGUACACUUCUGUGUUGACAUUUUGUCGCUACUCUACCACUAUGUUUAAUAAGUUCUAAGGUUAUAAUCACACUUAGCCAUGACUGGAACUCUUUGUAUGGAUGUUUUGUUGCUACACUACCACUAUGUUAAUAAGUUCUAUGGUUUUCUCUUUGCCAUGACUGGUACCAUUCUGUAUUGACAUUUUGUUGCUACUCUACCACUAUGUUCAAUAAGUUCUAUGGUUAUAAUCACACGUUUUCCUCCUUUGCCAUUACUGCACGGUACCCUUCUUUGUUAUCACAAAAAAGCCAAAGAAAAAGCUGGUGUGGCCCUUGCAGGCAUGUUUUUGGUCCUGUCUCCAAACUGUAGGAUGUUCAGGUUGUAUUUUGGCAUAUUUCCUUCCUGUCCCUGCUCCAUAUUUCCACGGAUGUGACUUUUAUGGUCCGCCCCCGCAUAUUUCCUUGAGCUUGACAGAAAAUGUUUUUUCUAGAAGGGUCCAUAAAUUGAAAAGUGUCUGUUUACUUCCACGGUGGAUAUUUGGCACAUUGAUAGCAACACUGUAACAUGAAGAACACGAAGGAGUUUAUCUUCAUAUGUUAAAAUGUCUCUUUUUAAAUAUGUUUCGCCCCAAACAAUCCACCCUUGUGUCCAUUUAGUUUUUUUUGUUUUUUUUUCUUACACAUGAAUGACAUUCAGUGUGUGAUUUGACGAGAGCAAUAUUUGUAAUGAUUUAUUUGUUUGGAAGAUUUCAUUUUGUCUUAUACUUUUGUAUAUGCUGGAAAUUAUGAUUAGAAUCUGUUGAUGAGACUGUGAUUAUCUAAGACUGGAAACACACACAUCUCUACUGUACAUGUUUGAAAUCCUAAUGUGGUACAUGGGAUACUAAUGUGUCAUUCCUACUGUAACUCAUGUUAAAUGAUUUCUUUACCUGCAACACUUGUAUUUAUCAUCUAAUCAUGCCCUCUGUCUACGUAUUUUAUGACUUGAUUUUUCAUAAUCAAUAUGUUUGUUUGUGGAUGAUAUCAGUAGCAGACUUUUUGGCUUAAACAGGGGGAGUUUUUAAAGUUGUUUUUUUUUUCCAUACUGUGAAUUGUUAUUUGAAAGCAGAACAUUUUCAUCUUUCCUUUCAUGUUUUUUUUUAAAGAAAUUAUUGAACUACGGCGUCAUGCUUGCCAGAUAAAAUACUGUUAUAUAUUUAGAUUUGUAUUGAAGAUUUGUCAGUAUUUUCAUAUUGGACGCUUUAAAUGAUGUACAUUUUUAUGACAUAGUCAAUAUGUUUCUUACUGGAGCUGUAUGAAUAAAUAGAUGUACACCUAUACUUGUUGAUCGGAGGAGAUGGAUGGAAUAAUAUUAAAUAAUAAUAAAUUAUAUGU